AUGGUAUCGACGUACAGUCAACCUCCUUUGUUUUCUCACAAACUGCCACCUUCUGAUAACUUUGAUAUAAAUAGAUUGAAUCCUAAUAAUCAGAAUUGCGACAGCAACGGUGACGGCGGAAUUCAAGGGAGCUUGAACGAACAACCGCAAAUACAACAGAACUUCCCGGCCAGCUCACGUCAAAUAACUUACAGCAGGGUUCCAAGUCAACGUAACGGUGACUUUAGAAAGUCCUCUCAAGGCUCAACCUCUCUCAACACGUCACAAGUAACGACUUCCACCACGGCUUCAAAGCCGGAAUACCAGCACCAUCCGAAUUGCCGUCAAAACAAUUUUGGUGCAAAUUCGAAUAAUAUCAAAAGCAAAAAUAUGGCCCGUAAUCCAAUUAACAACAGGGUGUUAAACAAUGUUAAAUGGUCCGAUGGUGAAAAAUCAAAGGAUUCAGAAAAAUCAAAAAAACCCGCUUUGGGAGAUAUUCAUAAAGUUCUUCUGGAACCUCCUUACUUCUCAAAACCUUGCAAGAAUAAAUUAUAUACAAAAGCAAAAGACGCCUUGCCACAUGGAGUUCGUGUCGAAAAUAUGACUUGGCGUAUGAUGGCCGUCACUUUAAGACGUAAAAAUCUUGAAAAAGAGCAAGUGAGACGACCGCCACUCAACAACCGUAAUUAUAACAAGGUUCCCACCACAACUUUCCGUUCGACGAAUUCGAAAAGGUCUUCCAAAAUUUUGAUGUGUAAACAAGCAAAGGUUGAACCUACCAAUGAAAAGAAUAAUGUCAAUGAAGAUAUAAGCAUAUGUGAACAAUAUGAUGUGGAGAUGGGAGAUUCAUUUUCGGAUGAUAACAGCUGUGAACGUGAUUUACCUACUGGCAUCUCCGUAGACCAUUUAGAUGAUCAUAAGUUUGAAGAAAUGUUUGUAGAUGAUCAUGCGCAUCUAGUAAAUUCCCCAUCAGAUACUAGUACAAGUAAUACGGAUGAUAAUCAUUCUUCAUACACGUCAUCUCCUUCGCCCGUUCUCACUUCAAAGACUUCGGCUAUUCCUAUCCCCGUUGUCUCUUCGUCAGCUGCUCAUACGAUACCAACUACCCCUUCAAAUGGACUGGAAUUCAAUUUUAGUGAUACCAAUGCUGCAGAAGACUUUUGUUUCUCCCACCCUUCUUUCUCGUUAAAUAGGAAGAAUUUUGUAAACUUUUCUGGAAAACCUUCCAACCUUCAAAUGCGUCCGAUAGCAAUUCCCGUGUCUCGAGGGGUUCCUAACAUGAGUAACUCGAUCGGAAAUUAUCCCUUCAAGAAGACCCAAAGGCAGAGAUCCACCAGUUUAAUUCUUCCAGUAUCUAGCAUAACAAUACCUAGCGAUACUGCCGAUGACUCUGACAUAGAAUUACCAGAUUCAAUGUCGUCUUCUUUGACCAGCGCGUCGACUAAUACGCAAUUUACGUAUACGCCUUUUAAUCCUCCGUAUGAUCAACACCAUUCGAUGGAUUAUGCUGGUUCGUCAGCUCUCUUGAGUUCGUCGGCUCCUCAUUCUUAUCCUUUUUUCAGCGAAUUGACCAAUCAUGAUAUGAAUAAUUCCGCGCAAAUACCAUAUCAGUCAGCCGCUCGUCCGGUAAAUAAUGGAGGGUUUUAUUUCGGAGAUUAUAAUGGUACAGGUGAUCUUACGAAUGGAGAUUCUACAGCUGCAUCAGUGUUCGAUAUGGUUAACAUUUAUUACGUAAACGGUCCUAAUAACCAGUUGAACUUGUCUUCGCUAUCACACGUUAACCCAUCUCAAUUGUUCAGCACAUCACCUUCAUCGAUUUCAUAUGAUUUACAGUCCAACGAACAAAUUUGUUCCUCAGAAGAGUCUGAUGGUCAAGAUAAAGCUUCAAGUUCAAUGGGUUAUGAUCAAGCAAAUUUAAGGGAGUGGGGUAGAGGUGAUGAAAGGAAUAAUGGUUGUAGUAGCAACAUUGUAAAUAGCACUUCCAAGAUAAAAAGACAUUCAUCAUCUAACGUUGAUACAAAUAAUAAGAACAUUUCAUCGUCACUGCCAAACGGUGAGGGGGAAUCAUCCAAUGGUUUAACGUCACCGGGCAAAAGACCGAGGUCAUCAUCCCGUGCUUCUUUGACGGCGCCGGUAAAUACUGGUCCCAUAAAAUCUGUUCAAAAUAACAAUAACCCCUCAUCAUCUUCACCCCCAUCUCCCACAAUACCUAAAGAUCCAAACAAUAAUAAUGGCAAUUCGUCAAAGAACGCGGUACCGACCACUUGCACGAAUUGUCAUACACAGACGACGCCAUUAUGGCGUCGCAAUCCCGAAGGUCAACCCCUUUGUAAUGCAUGUGGUUUGUUCUUGAAAUUGCAUGGCGUUGUUAGACCUCUAAGUUUAAAGACAGACGUUAUAAAGAAACGUAAUCGAGGUGGUGCUGCAGCGGCUGGAAAAAAUCCCGGUAAAAAUGGUUUAAAAGGUAAUAGUGUACAAUUAGGUCCUGGUGGUGCUAGCAUGAGCGUAAUGGGCAAAAGAACGUCAUUUACGAGUAAUAUGAACUCUCGAUCAGACGUUGUAAAUACACCCGCUACGGCAUCGGUAUUAUCCACGUCAGCACCUACCGCACAAUAUUCAAAUAAUGCAUUUAGUGCCAGACCAAAUAUUCAGGGAGUCCAAAAAAGGCAGAGACGGUUCUCUUCAAGUGAUGAACGACAAUUAUUGAAUGCUCAACAAAUACGGCAUUCACAACAACAGUCACAAAUGAGCACAUCACUUUCCGGGUCGAGUGUCCGAGCACAAAUGAUGAUGGCGACGACAAUGCAGCAGCAACAAAAGCAGCAAGAAGAAAAUGGUAACUCAACCGUAUCUUCAAGUAAUUCUCAACAAUCGCCUCUUCAAUCCACGCUAGUUUCAUCCGAUGAUGAAAGUCUACCAAACGGUUAUACUACGCGUCCUAAUGUGAUGAUCCACCCACAAUCGUUUAGUGAUGAUGAAUCAGAGAGUUCUGUAGUAAAUAGAGAUACUGCUAUGGAAUUAGGUUUUUAA